AGAUCUUGAGAGAGAGAGAGAGAGAGAAAUCAACAAUGGCGGCGAAAACGAAGAACAACCUUCGCUACCAACCGCGAAAAUCAGCAUCGCGAUCGGCGCAAGCGUUCACGGUGCUGAUCGGUCUGCUGGUGGUGAUUAUGAUUCUUCUGGGUCUGGGGAUCUUGUCACUUCCCAAUGCCAACAGAAACUCUUCCAAGCCCAACGAUUUGACCAACAUUGUACGCAAGAGCCAGGAGGAGAGUUAUGGAGGAGAUGAGGAAGGGAACGGGGAGCGUUGGGUUGAAGUGAUCUCGUGGGAGCCUAGAGCUGUUGUUUACCACAAUUUCUUGACCAAUGAAGAAUGUGACCACCUGAUCAGUCUCGCUAAACCCAACAUGGUUAAGUCUACUGUGGUUGAUGAGAAGACCGGUGGCAGCAAAGAUAGCAGAGUAAGGACGAGCUCUGGAACUUUCCUUAAAAGAGGACAUGACGAAGUUGUCGAGAGGAUUGAGCAACGGAUUUCAGAUUUCACCUUCAUUCCUGUUGAAAAUGGAGAAGGUCUCCAAGUUCUUCACUACCAAGUUGGGCAGAAGUAUGAGCCUCACUAUGAUUAUUUCUUAGAUGAAUUCAACACCAAGAACGGAGGACAACGAAUAGCCACUGUUCUUAUGUACCUAUCGGAUGUUGAUGAUGGUGGGGAGACCGUGUUCCCUGCGGCAAAAGGAAACAUUAGUGCAGUCCCAUGGUGGAACCAGCUCUCGAAAUGUGGCAAAGAAGGACUUUCUGUACUACCAAAGAAGCGAGAUGCUUUACUUUUCUGGAACAUGAGACCUGAUGCCUCUCUAGACCCUUCCAGUUUGCACGGUGGAUGUCCAGUGGUGAAAGGAAACAAAUGGUCAUCCACGAAAUGGUUCCACGUCCAUGAGUUCAAGGUUUAAGAAAACUAAGAUACAGAGGAGGUUUACACGACAGCACAAGUUUGUGUGGAUACUGUUACAAACAGAUGUAUUGUUAUAUUUCCCUUUUGAAGUGAGAAAUGAUCCUUAGGAAGUUUAAGGCUGUGUUUUAUCAUGAGCGAUAUUUGAACUUUCUUCUACCUUUUCUUUUAAACUAUUUGAGAUUUUUGUAACUUUACAUGUUCUGUCUUAAUUUUUAUAACUUCAAUAAUUUAUUACAACCACGCACUGUUUUGUGACUGGUAAAAGACAUUCAGAAACCGUGCUCGGUUCAUUCCAGCACCGGCGCGGUUUGUCAAAUGGGACGGGACGGUACUGUUCAAAUUUAAGUGAAUCUUUAAGCAUGCAAAUACCUAGAUCCAACCAUUCUGGCUGGCAUGCCCAUAUCCCAAGAUAUGAAAGAUAGGAUCAAGAAGAUACUGCCAAUAGGAUAAGCAUUCAUUGGGGUUUAUAAACAUAUAUUGAGAUGAUUGGAUAAAAGCCUAUGAAAAUAAAUGUCUCGAAGAUGAUCAUAUCAUAUGCGUAUCUGUAGUCUGGUGUCUGCAACAGAAAAACUUUAGAGAAGGCAGUCUAAUGGUGAAAAUAGUCACAUUGGCACUCCACAUCGCGGCACAUGUAAGUCUUCAAGAACAUGACAACUGGAUUGACAAAUUCAUUACCAGGGUAUUACACGGGUUGAUGGAUUUAAAAAUCCAUUCAAAAAUUAGGAUUAGGUUGGAGACCUUUGUCAAUGUAUUUUUUUUCAAAACUUUUAGAGGUCUAAAGUGAAUGUUUCAUUAGGCUUGGUUCAGAACCGGUCCAUAUCAAGUAUCAAAGGGCUAAAAUUUCUGGCCAAACACGAGAAAACUCCCCCUCUCUGAUAUAUUUAGAGGAGAGAAGAGAGAGAGAGAGAGAGUGAGAGCUCCCGUUCAUAUUCGUUG